UACAAGCGUACUGUUUGCGUUUUGUUGUUGUCAAAUCGGUUCAAAGUUGAAAUGCAGAAAUUUCUCUUUUCAGAUUUCUGACGAUGAAAGCAUUGAAAAACAUCACAAACUGCAUGUGAUAGUAUCAGAAAAGCCACAACCUUUGCCUGGUGACAAGUGUAAGCUCUGCAACAUAAAGGUGCAUUCUGCUGAAUUUCUAGCAGUAGUUUGAAACUGACAAGCAACCACCAUGGUGAAGGAACAGUUCCGAGAGGCAGAUUUGGCGAGGAGAAUAAGCCAUGUUUGUUUCGGGAUGAUGUCAGACGAGGAGAUGCGACAACAGUCCCACAUCCAUGUGGUCAGUAAGAACCUGUAUAACCAGGACAGCAGGCAGGUGCCUGUACCUUAUGGCACCAGUACCAAAGACAAGUCAUGUGAGACUUGUGGUAAGAACCUGGCCGACUGUGUGGGACAUUAUGGAUACGUAGACCUGGAACUACCAGUCUUCCAUGUGGGCUACUUCAAGUCUAUCAUACAUGUGCUACAGUGUAUCUGUAAGAGUUGUAGUCGAGUCCUGCUGGGUAAAGAUGACAGGAAGAUGUUCACAGACACACUGAGACGGCCCAACCUCAGUUACCUGCAGAGGAAGGGACUGAAGAAAAAAAUCAACGAGAAGUGUCGAAAAGUCUCGUACUGUUCUCACUGUGGGGCGCUCAAUGGUCCAGUGAAGAAGUGUGGACUUUUGAAGAUCGUCCAUGAACGGUACAAGAGCACCAAGAAAGUGGUGGACCCCGUCGUUACAGACUUCCAGUCAUCGUUCCAGAGUGCAGUAGAACAUAACAAGGAGAUAGAAGGGCUGAUACCUCGUGCACAGGAGAAUCUGAACCCCAUGGUGGCUCUGCACAUGUUCAGUAGGAUACCCCAUCAGGACCUGCCGUUCCUGAUCAUGGAUGCUGAACAUGGCCGGCCCCAGGACAUGAUCCUGACUAGACUGCUGGUCCCCCCACUCUGUAUCAGGCCUUCUGUUUCUACUGAACUCAAGGCAGGAACGAAUGAAGACGAUGUGACCAUGAAGCUGACAGAAAUCCUUUUCCUAAAUGACGUCAUCCAGAAACACAGGGCAACAGGGGCACGAGCUCAGAUGAUCAUGGAAGACUGGGACUUUCUACAGCUCCAGUGUGCUCUUUACAUCAACAGUGAACAGGGAGGCAUUCCUCUCAACAUGCAGCCAAAGAAACCAACUCGUGGAUUUUGCCAAAGACUGAAGGGCAAACAAGGUCGUUUCCGUGGCAACCUGUCAGGAAAACGAGUUGACUACUCCAGCCGAACAGUCAUCUCUCCCGAUCCCAAUCUCAGAAUAGACCAGGUUGCUGUCCCUGUACACGUAGCUAAGAUCCUGACGUACCCAGAGAAAGUAAACAAAGCUAACAUCCAGUUGAUGAGGCGACUGAUCGUUAACGGCUGUGACACCCACCCAGGGGCAAACUUUGUGGAGUCACGGGCCACAGGGGUCAAAAGAUUCCUCAAGUAUGGCAAUAGGCAAAAGAUAGCGCAAGAGCUAAAGUAUGGGGACAUUGUGGAACGACACUUGAUGGACAAAGAUGUGGUUCUGUUCAACCGACAACCAUCUCUACACAAGCUCAGUAUCAUGGCUCAUUAUGCCAAGGUGAUGCCACACAGAACGUUCCGGUUUAACGAGUGUGUGUGUACGCCGUACAACGCUGACUUUGACGGAGAUGAGAUGAACCUACAUCUCCCACAGACGGAGGAGGCUAAAGCAGAGGCUCUCAUUCUCAUGGGGGUGAAGUCCAACUUGGUGACUCCGCGGAACGGUGAACCGUUGAUCGCGGCCAUCCAGGACUUUAUCACGGGCUCGUACCUCCUGACGCAGAAGGACACCAUGUUCGACCGCGCCAAGGCGUGUCAGAUCAUCGCCUCCAUGCUGUCCGGAGGAGACAGAACGGAACGGAUCGACCUACCACCUCCUGCUAUAAUGAAACCCAUGUGCCUGUGGACAGGGAAGCAGAUCUUCAGUCUCAUCCUCAAGCCCAACAAGACGUCUCCGAUCAGGUGUAACCUCAAGGCCAAGACUAAGUCUUACACCAAGGGGGAGGAUCUCAGCACUAACGACUCUUUUGUGAUAAUCCGUUCAGGAGAGUUACUGUGUGGUGCUAUGGACAAAGCCAUGCUGGGAUCUGGCUCCAAAAACAACAUCUUCUACAUACUACUCAGAGACUAUGGAGAGGAGGCUGCUGCCACAGCGAUGAGUCGCCUGGCCCGUAUCUGCCCGUUCUUCCUCAGUAACCGCGGCUUCUCUAUCGGUAUCGGAGACGUCACCCCCGGGGAGGGUCUGCUCACCGCGAAGAAGAACCUCCUGGACACGGGCUACGGGAACUGUGACUCCUUCAUCCGAGAACUGGAGGAGGGGAAACUACAGAGUCAACCCGGAUGUACUCCGGAGCAAACCCUAGAGGCUGUUAUACUGAAGGAGCUGUCGGUUAUCCGAGACCAUGCAGGAAAGGCCUGUCUGACAGAGUUACAUAAGAGCAACAGCCCACUCACCAUGGCUGUAUGUGGGUCAAAAGGUUCGUUCAUCAACAUCUCCCAGAUGAUCGCAUGUGUGGGACAGCAAGCUAUCUCAGGACAGAGGGUUCCUAACGGGUUUGAGGAUAGGGCACUCCCACACUUCAAACGUUACUCCAAGGAACCAGAAGCAAAGGGUUUUGUGGAGAACAGUUUCUACUCGGGACUGACUCCGACUGAGUUCUUCUUCCACACCAUGGGAGGCAGGGAAGGUCUGGUGGACACGGCUGUCAAAACUGCCGAGACUGGAUACAUGCAGAGGAGACUGGUCAAGUCCCUAGAGGACCUGUGUUCCCACUAUGACCUGAUGGUGAGGAACUCCAUGGGUGAGAUCAUACAGUUCAUGUACGGGGGAGACGGACUGGACCCAGCCGCCAUGGAGGGGAAGGACACACCCGUGGACUUUCAACGGGUCCUGGACCACAUCAGGGCGGUUCACAGAUGUGAUGGGGAACCGGUUCUGACCAGUCCGGAGCUGGUCAAGACUACAGCCAAGAUGGUGGACAGUCCUGAGUUCAUGAGCGUCAGCGAAGAGUACAGAAAGGAGAUCAAGGAUUUUGUAGCUGCGAUUGCAGCAAGGGUAGAAACAACCCAUGAGAAAUACAAGAUCACCACAGGCCCAGGGAGUAGCACCCAGCCCCCUGUCCUGCUCCAGUUAGAGAGGAUCACUCCCACUCAGCUGAAACAGUUCUUAAUCAUGGUCAGGGACAAGUACCUCAGGGCCAAGAUAGAACCAGGUACUGCAGUUGGAGCUGUGUGUGCCCAGAGUAUAGGAGAACCUGGGACACAGAUGACUCUCAAAACCUUCCAUUUUGCUGGAGUUGCCUCUAUGAAUAUCACCUUGGGUGUUCCCAGAAUUAAGGAGAUCAUCAAUGCGUCUAAGAACAUCAGUACCCCCAUCAUCACUGCACAGCUGGAGGACGAUACCAGCGCAGAGUUCGCUCGCAGGGUCAAGGGUCGCAUUGAGAAGUCCCUACUGGGAGAGGUAACAGAGUACAUGGAGGAGGUAUACCUACCAGAUGACUGUUUCCUUCUCAUCAAACUACAUAUGGACAGAAUAAAGCUACUCAAGCUGGAGGUAUCUGCAGACACCAUACGUUACUCCAUCUGUACAUCCAAGCUGAGAAUUAAGCCUGCGAACAUAGUUGUCCAUGGUGAGUCUAUCCUAUGUGUGACUCCCAGUGAAACUGCCCAGAGCACCAUGUACUACAACAUGCAGAAACUCAAGGAGACUCUACCUAAAGUGGUCAUCAAGGGAAUAGACUCGGUGUCCCGAGCUGUGAUCCACCUGGAUGAAAAGGGAGGGCAGCAGCAGUACAAACUACUGGUGGAGGGGGACAACCUUAGGGCUGUCAUCGCUACUCCAGGUGUAAAGGGAACGAAGACAACAUCUAACAACACCUUUGAUGUAGAGAAAACACUGGGCAUUGAAGCAGCCAGGGUGACCAUUAUGAAUGAGAUCACCUACACCAUGUCCAGUCAUGGCAUGAGUAUUGACAUCAGACAUGUCAUGCUGCUAGCAGACCUCAUGACUUACAAGGGAGAAGUUCUGGGAAUCACAAGAUUUGGGCUGGCAAAGAUGAAGGAAAGUGUGCUGAUGCUGGCUUCAUUUGAGAAGACAGCAGACCACCUGUUUGACGCAUCUUACCACGGACAGGAGGACGCCAUCUGUGGUGUGAGUGAGUGUAUCAUCCUGGGUAUACCCAUGAACAUUGGGACAGGGCUCUUCAAACUACUGCACAAAGCAGAGAAAGACACUGCCCCUGCCAGUAGGAAACUGUUGUUCGACGUACCAACUUUCCACGUGCCAGGUGUUUCCUAAAGGUCAUCUCCUUGCAAUUGCUGGAUAUUCGCUAAUUGAUGACAACUUACAAUACUUGGGUACAACAUGCCUUUAGUCUUGCCAGGCUUUUAAGGACAGAUUCUCAAUUUGUUUCUCUCAAAAAAGUUUAUUAACAUCAGCUUGGCAGUCCUGCAAUGUAAAUGUGGCGAAAACCUGUAGAAGUCUACAAUAAGUUAAGUACAUUAAAGGCUGCUAAACUAAUGAUAACAUUAACCAUCAUUAUUUAUAAUUAUUUACUUUGAGUUUGUGCAAUUUGAGUAGUAAACUUUAAGAUAGAAAGUUUACAAAAGUUACUGGAGGAAUAUACAGUUUCUUUGAAAAGAAGAAACAUUAAAAAGUAGCAAAAUGUGCUCCAAACUGCAGAAAUCCUUACACCACAGAAAGUACAGUGAAUCAAGGGUUGUGAAGUAACGUUAUUUUUCUACAUCUAUCUGUUAAAUGCUGAAACUAAAGUAAUAAAGAGACAUCAACUUA